AAAAAUAAUUUAAACUCCGCUAAUAAUCAGACAGUGUUUAUGCGAUAACACUAUAAAUAUAUAAUCGGGGCUGAUGACUGCUUAUGCAACUGACAGUUGAACAUAACCUCCAAAAUUCUCAGUCACAGUCCUACUGUUCCCAAUACACAAUAGGCAUCUAAACCCACAACUAUCAAAAAAAUGCCUCCAAAAGUGAACAUUCACGACGUCAAUCCGUUCUUGCAACUCGUCAGGAAUUUUCUGCUAGGUAGAAAACACACACUGGCCCUCAGAUUCCAGGACACAAUUGCUACCAGGUCCCCGCCACCACCAGUACUGCCUGACGGGCCCAGUCACCGAUUGAAUGCUAAUUACUACUACACAAGAGACGCCAGAAGGGAGGUACAACCUCCAGAAGUUCUAGCACCCAAACCGAAGGAAAUCGAAGCAGGGGCUGAAGGUCAGAGUAUCAAGAGGAUUACGCCUGGUAACGUCUGGAAAUGGGAUUAGGUAGUUGAUGGGCUACAAUAUGUAAAUACAUUAAUUUAGAAGAAAUAAAAUAGGUGUUAACGUC